AUGACAACAUCUGGUGGCAGUGGCUACUGCGAUUGCGGUGAUGUGGAAGCCUGGAAACAAGAUCCGGCGUGCGAUUUACACAAGGUGCAGCAAGACGAGCAACAGACUUCUAAGUAUGCAUUACGCUUCCCACAUCUUGUUCCAUCACAGAUUUCUGCAGAAACUUCUCUUCGUAGAAGAGCAAAUUCAGGCGGCUUAAAAUAA